AUGUCGUCAAUGUCAAAUAUAACGACCCAUGUGUUCACAGUCAGUGAACUCACACCGCAAUUAUGGAAGAUGAUGAAAGCCGAACCUGAAGAUACCAUUUGGUACAGUCUGAUAGGAACUUUACUUCAAGCAAUGUUGGUAACAUCGGUAUUAGGAAUGACAAUCAAAUAUUUCACUUAUUUCACGAAUCGCGAUUCACCGUAUCUCCUCUGGGGUAUAGGAGUCGGUACGACUAUACAGCUAGGAGAAUUAAUGUUGACAUGUGCAGAGGACUAUCGACUGGUAUAUUGUGGACCAGACAAUUUCCAAGAUAUAUUUCGAUUCCUCGUAAUUUCAGAUAUGGUUAGACUCUUGACGGCUGCAAUGUUCAAUAUCGGUGCGGGAGGAUAUUAUACAUGGAGGGUAUGGAUGAUGUGCGGUAGAAAGAUUUACAUGAUUCCUCCAUUCGCUAUUGGCGGUAUGGUACAAAUGAUGAUGACCGUUAUGGCUGUCGUACAUGGUUGUAAAUUACCAGAAGUAACUGUUGAAACCAUCAUGCAGUUGCCGGAAAAAAUGCCUCAAAUAUUGAAAUUCUUCAAAAUAUGGGGAGCUGUCACCUUGGUGGUAGACGGUGCAUUAUGUAUAAUCAUGACUGUCCUCUUGUUCAAAACUCAAGAUAGUUUGUUCUCAAAAGAAACUAGAGUAUUCAGAAAAUUGAUUUCACUAGUUUAUGAGACCAUGCUUCCUCCAGUCAUUUGUCUAAUCAUACUCGAAGCUGCAAGUGGAAGCAAGGGUACAUCGUUGACCGAUAUGAGAAGAAUCAUCACCUGUAUUCUACCUGUCCUAUACUAUCAUUCUGCUCUUCAUACAUUAUGCGGUCGACAGGAUCUGCGGGAUUUACUGGAAGAUAAACUUGCUUCAGGUGGUAUUCACGCUAUAUCCAAUGGAAGUGGCAAAGGAUCAGGUGGAAGGGUUUAUGCAGCCUAUCCACCAGGAUUAAGAUCUUUGAAUAAUGAAGAAAGUGGUAUCGAGAUGCAAUCGCCCAUAAGUAGUUCGUCAACUAGGAAAAACCCUCAGAUGCCUAUGGUCAAGGUUGAACAAACUACUGUGGUGUCUCGGUCGGACGAAUACAUCUUAUCUACCCCUGAGGCAAUAUCUAUGCCUAGAUCAUCAACGCAUGAUGAGAAUGAUCUGGGGGAGUCGGAUGAUGAGAAAUCGGUGAUAACCAAUAAAUCAGCACCGGUACAUCAUUUGUAA